UUCCGCGCACAUCUUCUUCCGCUCCUCCCGAGUAGUGCUUGGCGCGGGCUGGCGUUAGCGAGGUCCGGAACCUUUCUGCAGGUCUCUCCCGCCUUGGGGACCAUGGCCACCGACUCUUGGGCGCUGGCGGUGGACCAGCAGGAAGCCGCUGUCAAGUCGAUGAGCAGUUUGCAGAUCAAAGAAGAAAAGGUCCAAGCAGACACGAAUGGUGUUAUCAAAACCAGCGCCUCUGCAGAGAAGACUGAGGAGGAAGAGAAAGAGGACAGAGCUGCUCAGUCUUUACUCAACAAGCUCAUCAGAAGCAAUCUUGUGGAUAACACCAACCAAGUAGAAGUCCUGCAGAGGGACCCAAGCUCGCCUCUCUACUCAGUGAAGUCUUUCGAAGAGCUUCGUCUGAAACCGCAGCUCCUCCAAGGUGUCUAUGCCAUGGGCUUCAAUCGACCAUCCAAGAUCCAGGAGAAUGCGUUGCCCAUGAUGCUUGCUGAACCCCCACAGAACCUGAUUGCCCAGUCUCAGUCUGGUACUGGGAAAACAGCCGCCUUUGUUUUAGCUAUGCUCAGCAGAGUGGAACCAGCAGACGGAUACCCUCAGUGUUUGUGCCUAUCCCCGACAUAUGAACUGGCACUUCAGACAGGAAAAGUGAUUGAGCAGAUGGGCAAAUUUCAUCCAGAACUGAAGCUAGCUUACGCUGUUAGAGGCAAUAAAUUGGACAGAGGUCAGAAGGUCAGUGAGCAGAUUGUCAUAGGCACCCCCGGGACCGUCCUGGACUGGUGCUCUAAGCUGAAGUUCAUUGACCCCAAGAAGAUCAAGGUGUUUGUUCUGGACGAGGCUGACGUGAUGAUAGCAACUCAAGGCCACCAAGACCAGAGCAUCCGCAUCCAGAGGAUGCUGCCCAGAAACUGCCAGAUGCUGCUCUUCUCUGCCACCUUUGAAGAUUCAGUGUGGAAGUUUGCCCAGAAGGUGGUCCCAGACCCCAACAUCAUCAAACUUAAGCGUGAAGAGGAGACUUUGGACACCAUCAAACAGUAUUAUGUCGUUUGCAAUAACAGAGAGGAGAAGUUCCAGGCCCUGUGCAACCUGUACGGGGCCAUCACCAUCGCCCAAGCCAUGAUCUUCUGCCAUACCCGCAAAACAGCUAGCUGGCUGGCAGCAGAGCUCUCCAAGGAGGGCCACCAGGUGGCUCUGCUGAGUGGGGAGAUGAUGGUGGAGCAGAGGGCGGCCGUGAUUGAGCGCUUCCGAGAAGGCAAAGAGAAGGUCCUGGUGACCACCAACGUGUGUGCCCGUGGUAUUGAUGUUGAACAAGUGUCUGUCGUCAUCAAUUUUGACCUUCCUGUGGACAAGGACGGGAACCCGGACAAUGAGACCUACCUGCACCGCAUCGGGCGCACGGGCCGCUUUGGCAAGAGGGGUCUGGCUGUAAACAUGGUUGACAGCAAGCACAGCAUGAAUAUCCUCAACAGAAUCCAGGAGCAUUUUAAUAAGAAGAUAGAAAGAUUGGACACAGACGAUUUGGAUGAGAUUGAGAAAAUAGCCAACUGAGAAGCUUCACCAGCAACUGGCACCACCCUCAGCACUGUCCCUGCCUGGGAGCCUAGAGCUUUCAUGGCAUAGGCCUUGACAGGCACCUCAAAGACCAAGGCCUGAGUAGAGACUACCUACCUCAUUCAGAAUUACGUUUGAAACUGACAGAUUUGUGCAAACAGUGGGGGGACAUGCAAGGAGAAUUUUUGCAGUUUAGAAAAUAGUCCUAGACGCACGUGGUGGCGCAGACCUUUAAUCCCAGCACUUGAGAGGCAGAGGCAGGAGUAUCUGUCAUUUCCAGGCAGCCUGGUCUUCAGAGUUCCAGGGCAGCUAGAGCUACAAAGUGAGACCUUGUUUCAAAACAUAGUCCUCAGCUCUAUCUCCCUUUAAAGCCACAAUUGUCUCUUCUAUGGCAGUAUGGUUGUGAGAAAAAGGUUCAGAGACCAGGAGAACCCUGGCUAUAGCGUAGAUGCCUUUUAUAGUGCCAGUAGAGUCCUGAGUGCCCAUCCCUCCCAUAGCUCCUUCUCUCUUCCUUCUGGUGAGCAUCUUGGCUGCUGCUUUAUUCUUCAGAUUGGCAGACAAGAUGGAAGUCAGUAAAAUCACAGACUCACAAGGGAGACUGAUUGGUAUAUUGGGUAGACAACCCCACUGCAGAUGGGGCCUGUCUUCCCUUCACUUCCACUCCAUCUGUUCUGGACCUGGCUCAUUGUUUGGUUCUAAUCCAUGGGAUUUCAUGCCAACGGCAAUUUAGAAAGGAAGUUAUGACCAAACAAAAAAUAUUCAUUAUGCCAUUAGCAGACUUAUGGAUCACUUCAUACAUUGUAUGAAUAAGAUUAGAUAAGACACAGUGAUAACACAUCAUUUUCAGAAAUUUUUAAAAUAAUUAUGAGAAGCAAUUUACUAAUCAUGGUUUGUUAUUUGUAUUUUUAUGCUUACUAGACUAAUAUAUGCGCAUUAAAAAGUGUGUGUGAUA